AUGUCAAGCCCAAUAGUCGAUAUUCACACCCAUGUCUACACACCAGCGUACCUGGAUAUGCUCCGAGCACGCAAAAAGGUGCCAUACGUACACGAUCCUGCGGACGGAGCUGACUCUCGCUUAAUCAUUCUCGCAUCUGAUGACGAUGCUAGUACAGCACUUGACCAGCGAGGACGGCCUGUUGAUGCAUCGUACUCCGAUAUCGAGGUCAAGCUAGCGUUUAUGAAACGGCAUGGUAUUACUACCAGCGUCAUAUCAUUGGCGAACCCCUGGUUGGAUUUUCUGGAAGUAGACGACGCGCAGGUGUGGUCGGAGAAAAUAAACAAUGAUCUUGAAGAAACUUGCGCAACGGUCAACAAAAAUAGCGAAUCUACUAGCGACGUGAAACCGUUGUAUGCAUUCGGUGCCCUCCCACUCUCUGCCCCAAACCCAUCUAUCAUCGUCAACGAAAUUAAAAGACUCAAAACCCUCCCACACAUGCGUGGCGUUAUCAUGGGCACAUCAGGUCUUGGCAAGGGUCUUGACGAUCCAGACCUAGACCCCGUAUGGGCAGCCCUCGAAGAAACCCAGACCCUACUCUUCCUCCACCCUCACUACGGUCUCCCCGAUGAGGCUUUUGGUGGUCCAGAAGUAACUCAAAGAUACGGCCAUGUUCUUCCCUUAGCGCUCGGAUUCCCCCUUGAGACCACUAUUGCGGUGACCAGGAUGCUUUUAUCGGGGGUGUUUGAUCGGUUUGCCAAUAUCAAGAUUCUGUUGGCUCAUUCAGGUGGUGCUUUGCCGUUUUUGGCGGGUAGGAUUGAGAGUUGUAUUGCACAUGAGAGGAAAUUUAUUGCCAAUGGUGGAAGCACACAGGGGCCUGUUAGGGAUGUUUGGACGGUUUUGAAUACGAAUAUUUACCUUGAUGCAGUUGUGUAUGGUGAAGCGGGUUUGAAGGCGGCUAUACACGCAGCUGGAGGGCACGAAAGGCUUCUAUUCGGUACCGACAACCCCUUCUUCCCUCCACUUUCCGAAGAAGAUGUUGCCUGGCCCAGUGUUACAACCAACUACAAGGCAAUUGAAGGAACGUUGAGUCCCGACAAAGAGGCAAUCAAAGCAGUUCUUGGUGGAAACGCAAUUCGCAUUCUGAAUCUCAAUUAA